CGCCGCGGCGCGCGCGGCACGCCUGCCGCGCCCCGCCGGCGCCUCGCCCCCGCCGCAGGUUGCGGCGCCCGCGUUCUGGCCUGGCCGCGCCGCAGCGGGCCCGUGCGUGCCCAGCGCGGCCACUGCGAGGGCGGGACCCCAGAGAUCCAACGCGAAGAGGAUGAUGCCGCCUCGCAGCAGUGACCGCGAUCGGGCUGGGCGGAACCGCCCGUCGUGGCAAAAAUGCGGAUUGAGGACUCGCCACGUGCGCGGCGGCAGCCGGCGCGCUGGCGAUGCGCGGCCGCUCACGGCGCGGGCGCGAUAGCGUGGCCGCCCAGCGCGGCGCGGUCGGCGAGGCACCGGGCGGAGCCGGCAUCGGUCCUGGCGCCGGCCUGCUGCUCGUGGAGCACCCGAACCUGAACGUGCUGAGCACCGAGGUGGCUUUGCGGUUCUACGAGGCCCUCGGCUGCGCGCGCAACGCGGGGCGCCCGAUGGGCAAGACGCUCCACAGUUCGUUUGUUUAUGCCGUUGUUUCUUGCUCUGGCGGCACGUGCGGCUACCUCACGCAGUUCCACACGCCGUCGCCUGAGAACGAGGCCUACAUCGCCGAGGGCGGCCCCGGGAGCGGGGCCCAGCGGUGGAGGGGGGAGAUCGAGCUCCUGUACGAGAGCCAGGCGAGCCUGGACGAGGCGCUCGCGCGCGUGCGGGGGUUGCUGGGGGACUCGCUGUUCCAAUCCAGCGCCCUGUCGACGGGAACAACGCGUGGCGGCGAGGUCUCCGUGACGUGCCCGUACGGGAACGAGUUCUGUUUGCGCGUGGCCUCCCCAGAUCGGCGGGCGGCGCUGGGGCCCGACGCGGGCAGGCAGCCCUACAGCGAGCACAGCCGGUGCGUUGGCAUUGGGGCCCUCACGUUGCAGGUGCCCGUGGGUUCCGCGGCUCCAGGCGCCAGGUUCUAUGAGCAGGCCCUCGGCUUCCGUACCCAGGAGCUCCGGCCGGGCGAGUGGGCCGUGCUCGGAGGCCCACGCGGCGAUUCCCAGCGGCUGGUGCUGCGCGACACGCCUGGUGCGACUGGGAAGGAGGUCGGGGAGCACGUCGCGAUCUACGUUGGCGACUUCGAGGGGUGUUUCCUCCGUCUGCUGUCGCGGGGGCUAGUGUGGGUGAACCCGAGGUUCAAGCACCUGGACGCCACGACGACCCUCGAGGAGGCCCGCAAAGACCACUGCUUCAGGUUCCGGGAGGUGGUCGACGCGGAGUCUGGGGCCGCGCUCUUCGAGCUGGAGCACGAGGUGCGGAGCACAUCCCACAGGAGCUGCCCCCUGCACCCGCCGAAGUCCUGA